CGAGCAGCUGAUGCAGCUGUACAGCGCCCGACAGCGCCGGCGUCUCAAUCGGGGUCUGCGCCGCAAGCAGCACUCCUUGCUGAAGCGCCUGCGUAAGGCCAAGAAGGAGGCACCGCCCAUGGAGAAGCCGGAGGUGGUGAAGACCCACUUGCGGGACAUGAUCAUCCUCCCCGAGAUGGUGGGCAGCAUGGUCGGUGUGUACAACGGCAAGACCUUCAACCAGGUGGAGAUCAAGCCCGAAAUGAUCGGUCACUACCUGGGGGAAUUCUCCAUCACGUACAAGCCGGUGAAGCACGGCCGGCCUGGCAUCGGUGCCACCCACUCCUCCAGGUUCAUCCCUCUGCAGGAAA